UCUCUCUCUCUCUCUCUCUCUCUCUCUCUAGCCCCUCCCUCUUUCUCUCUCUAGGGUUCCUAAUUCCCCUCGAUCCCCAUUUCCCGCAAUUCGAUUCCCCAAAAACCCCAAAUCCAUGUCGUCGUCGUCGUCGUCGUCGUCGUCGUCUCGUCUCCUCCUCUCCUUCCUCGCCCGACUCUAGGUUUUCUCCUCUCUCCCCCUCGUCGAAUCCGCGACCCCGAAGAUGAGCGUGGUGGGGUUCGACAUCGGCAACGACACCUGCGUCGUCGCGGCGGCAAAGCAGCGGGGCAUCGACGUGCUCCUCAACGACGAGUGCAAGCGCGAGACCCCCUCCGCUGUCGCCUUCGCCGAGAAGCAGCGCCUCCUCGGCUCCGCCGCCGCCGCCUCCGCCGCCAUGGUCCCCCGCUCCACCAUCACCCAGGUCAAGCGCCUCCUCGGCCGCCCCUUCGCCGCUCCCGAUGUCCAAUCGGAUCUUCGCCGCCUCCCUUUCCCCGCCUCUGCCGCCCCCGAUGGCGGCGUCGUCGUCCAACUCCGAUACUUGGGGCAAGAUCGCACCUUUACGCCCGUUCAGAUCCUCGCCAUGCUUCUUUCGCACCUGAAGCACCUCGCCGAGAAGUCUCUCGAGACUUCGGUCUCGGAUUGCGUGAUCGGAGUACCCUCGUACUUCACCGAUGCCCAGAGGCGAGCUUACCUCGACGCGGCGUCGAUUGCCGGAUUGAAACCCUUGCGGUUGAUGCACGAUGUAGCCGCCACCGCACUGGGCUACGGAAUCUACAAGACCGAUCUCCCUGCCCAUGUGGCGUUUGUUGAUAUCGGCCACUGUGAUACCCAGGUUUCAGUUGUGGCCUUUGAGUCCGGGCAAAUGAGGGUUCUUUCACACGCAUGUGAUGCGAAUUUGGGCGGGAGGGAUUUUGAUGAGGUUCUCUACAAUCACUUUGUAGAGCAGUUCAAAGAACAGUAUAAGAUUGAUGUUGCAUCCAGCGUUAGGGCAAGUAUUAGAUUGAGAAUGGCCUGUGAGAAGUUGAAGAAGGUUCUAAGUGCGAAUUUAGAGGCGCCUAUUAGUAUAGAGUGUUUGAUGGAUGAGAAAGAUGUGAAGGGAUAUAUGAAGAGAGAGGAGUUUGAGAGGUUGUGUUCUGACUUGCUGGAUAGGGUAUUGGAGCCAUGUAAAAAGGCUCUAAUGGAUUCGGGGUUGAGCGUGGAUAGGAUACAGUCGGUGGAGCUUGUUGGGUCUGGGUCGCGGAUCCCGGCGGUAAUGAAGAUUCUUGCUGGGUUUUUCAGAAAAGAGCCGAGCAGGACACUCAAUGCCAGUGAAUGUGUUGCGCGUGGCUGCGCUGUGCAGUGUGCGAUGUUGAGCCCUGCUUUUAGGGUUAGAGAGUAUGAGGUGCAAGAUUCAUUACCCUUCUCUAUAGGAAUUGCAUCAGAUGACGGCCCUAUUAACACAAUGUCAAGUAACGUUCUAUUCCGGAAAGGCCAACCAAUUCCGAGUCUAAAAAUGCUUACUCUUCAUAGGAGCAGUGCUUUCAAUUUGGAAGCAUUUUACACAAAUCAAAAUGAGCUGCCACCUGGUGUUUCACCGAAAAUUAGCUCCUUCCAGAUUGGCCCUUUUCAAGUUGCUGGAAGUGAAAAAUCUAAAGUUAAAGUCAGAGUGCGGUUAAAUCUCCAUGGCAUUGUUUCUGUGGAAUCAGCUUCAUUGUUUGAAGAUGACAUAAAUGAUCCAGUUACGAGGGAAGGAACUAGCAUGGAUCAUAUGGAUACUGAAUUUGCUGCUUCUUCACGGUCUUAUGUAAUGUCAGAUAAUAUAGAAAAUGGGGUGUCCCCUGAUCCUGGAUCUGCUGCUGUAAAGCGGGAAAGGAACACAAGAAGGCAUGAUUUGCCAGUGAAGGAGACUUUUAAUGGUGGAAUGACCAAGGCAGAGUUGCAAGAAGCUCAGGAGCAGGAACAGCAGCUAGCCUAUCAGGACAGACUUAUGGAGCAAACCAAAGAGAGAAAAAAUGCACUUGAAUCUUAUGUUUAUGAGAUUCGCAAUAAGCUUUUUGAGAGAUAUCGGAGCUUUGCAAGUGAUUCAGAAAGGGAAAGCAUAUCUACAAACCUACAACAGACCGAAGAGUGGCUUUACGAAGAUGGGGAUGAUGAAAUAGAGAAGGUUUACAGCAGCAAACUCGAAGAGUUAAAGAAGCUGGUAGAUCCUAUCGAGAACCGAUACAAGGAUGAAGAAGUGAGAGCUCAAGCUACAAGGGAGCUGCUGAAGUGCAUAGUUGAUCACAGAAUGGCUGUGAGAUCAUUGGCCACAUAUGAAAGAGAUGCAAUCUUUAAUGAGUGCAACAAAGCUGAGCAAUGGCUAAGGGAGAAAUCUCAGCAACAGGAUUCCUUGCCAAAGAGCGCUGAUCCAGUUCUAUGGUCCCAUGAGAUCAAGAAAGUGACUGAAGAGUUAAACAUAGCAUGUAGAAAUAUAAUGAGACACAAGGGAUCUCCGGCAAGAUCUGAGGAUACCAGGGGCUCCGACCCAUCAAAUACUCCAGAUAGAAUACACACAGAUUGACCUGAUUAUAUUCUUCAAAUUUUGCUAAUCACAUCUUUUUUCAUCCUUUAAUAUGUAAUAACAUUUAAAUAUCUUUUUCUUUUUCUUUUUUUUUUUAUAUAACAACUCAUACGACUUCUUCGAUUGCUUGGCUUCAACCCCCAAUUUAUUUUUUUGCCGUCUUUUUCUGAGGUACAUUUAUUUGUGUGAUUUCUUUUCCGCAUCCACAUCAAUAUGUAUGUAGAGAAAGAGUUUUAUGCGGAGAAUGCCGUAACUUUCCAUGUGUCGGAA